AUGGAUCCUCACAACCGAGCUCAGGACGUCCUACGCUGUGACUUAUGUGAAGAGAAUGUGGUGCAGAUGCACUGUGAUACGUGUCUUGUCAAGCUGUGUAAGACCUGUGUAGGAGACCACAUCUCAUCGGAGGAAUGCGAGGAUCCCAAAGUCGUUAGAUUCCAGUCCAGGAAAUGCGUCCCUGUGUAUCCAACGUGUGCAUUACAUGAUAGCAAGCGGUGUGAAAUGCACUGCCAGCAGUGCACGGUACCAAUCUGUUUCAUUUGCGCAACAUCUGAAAAACACGCCGGUCACAGAUUUAAAAACAUUGUAGACAUUUUUGAUGAAAAGAAGAGAGAGUUUGAAAAAAAGAUAAAAGAUCUCCAAGAAAAUAUUCGAGUGAAACGCGCGGAUCAAGCUUCGAAAAUGGAGAAGCGAAUUGCGGAUCUAGAAAAGGAAUGCACGGCACUUCUAGACACUGUGUCUAAACACGGAGAAGAACUGAAGAGAAAAAUUGAUCAAAUUGUUAAGGAGGUGCAGUCCGAAAUUGAGAGUAUUAGGAAAAAUCACGUGGAGCUAUUGAUCACAACAAGAACAGAAGUCCAGCAGAAUUUGACCGAGAUCGACAGGGAAGUGUCUUCAUUAAAUGAAACACUAGAUUCUAACGACAUCAACAAAGUCUUCCACUUUACACCAAACAACAAGAUUUACAAAAAUCUAUCAGACGAUCCCGUGCUGACGAUGCCGGUUUUCUCUACAAAGAGGAUCGUCUCUGUACAACUCCGUGAAAUGUUUGGAACACUGUCCGACAUUGUAACCAAACCCACCGCUAUAACAAAAGUCAGACUGAUGGAAACACCGGUAAUAGUCCAUAGAAUAGCGACUGGUUAUUUUCACCUUUAUGGUGUUGCAUUUCUAGACAGGAUUGGGAUAUGGGCAACAGGAGAUGCCCAACAAAUAAAACUAUUUGAUGUGAAUGACAAGUCCAUAAAGAAGUCAAUCGACACCAAACUGUCAGGCGAAAAACUUGUAUUAGUGACAAAUCAAGGCCAUCUUCUGUACGCGGGAAAGGGUGGCAGGACGAUUCACAUUGUUAAACGUGAACAGAGUGAAGAAUUGAUCAGUCUACAUGGCUGGGGAGUUCGCGACUUCUGCAUCACUUCCGCUGACGAUAUUCUGGUCGUCAUGACAAGUGUAAAUAACGGAAGAGAAACUAGAGUUGUUCGAUAUCAUGGGCGUGAAGAGAAGGAAAUUAUCCAGUUUGAAAGUAAAGAGAAGCCUUUGUAUUCAGUUGGUGGCAACUCAAAAUACAUUUGUGAGAACAGGAACUUUGAUAUCUGCGUGGCAGACAGAGAUGCGUGCGCAGUGGUGGUGGUCAGUCAAGGUACGAAACUCAGGUUCCGGUAUGAAGGAAAUCCGUCAAGUUUGCGCAAAACUGAAUUCAAACCGAAAGGUAUAGCCACCGACAGCCUGAGUAAUAUUCUUGUUUCAGAUCUAGAUAAUGCUUGUGUCCACGUUGUUGAUCAAAACGGAAAGUUUCUUACAUUUAUAGACUGUCCACGUGUGCGGGCCUGGGGAUUGUGCGUCGGUUUGGAUAACUACCUGUAUGUUGCAGAUAAUGCAUCCGGUGAUGUUAUAAAGAUUCGGUAUCUUCAAUGA